AUGGUCCGAUGGAAACGCCUAUUUCGGGAAAUAGAUGCAGAUCAUUCGGGCAGAGUGAGUGUCAGCGAACUGAAAAAAGCUCUUUCCGGUUGCAUAAAUCCAGUACCGUCCGAUGUAUUUGAUGAAUGGGUUUCACAAUAUGAUGUAAACAAAGAUGGAGAACUGAGUUACGAGGAAUUUCUUGGCUUUGUCACAGAUCAAUACUGA